CCUUUCCGUAAUUCAAAGAGCCGGUGUCUUAGCGACGGGACGCUGAAACUGUUUAAUUCAUACAUUGAGUAGAUCCGCUGUCUGUUUACAAAUACGUGUGCAGACAUAUUAUUGUCUUAAUUACUCAUAUUGAGACUGGAAACAGUUUUAUUUUCGCGGGACCAGUAACUAUCGUUAAGGAGUCUAUCUGGAUUAAACGACUUCGCUGCAUUUUUUCCUUCAGCAACGUGGGUCACGAGGCUGAUCGGUAGGGGAUCCGGAGCUUCUUUUUUGGAUUAAUUUUCACAACAUUGAUCAAUCUCUUGGAUUAAAGGAAUGCUGCUAUCAAAGAUAAACUCCUUUGCCCACAUUUCUACCGUCGAUAUGCCGGCCAAAAUGCAGCUUCAAGUUCACCAAGUGAAGGACAGAGAGCCGUUUGAGAAGGUAUAUCAGGUCGGCGGAGUAUUAGGGAGCGGCGGGUUUGGAACCGUGUAUUCUGGGACGAGAAUUGCAGACGGAGCACCGGUCGCUGUCAAACAUGUCGCCAAUGACCGAGUCACGGAAUGGGGCGAGAUGCCGAACGGCUCUCGCGUCCCCAUGGAGAUUUUGCUGUUGAAGAAAGUCGGGAGCGGCUCUCGCGGUGUUAUUAAGAUGUUGGACUGGUACGAGAGGCCGGACAGUUUUAUCAUCGUCAUGGAGAGACCGGAGAAAGUCAAAGACCUUUUCGAUUUCAUUACCGAAAAGGGUGCCAUACCGGAGGAUCUAGCCAAGAACUUUUUCCGGCAGGUGUUGGAGGCCGUUCGGCAUUGCCACAACUGCGGUGUCGUUCACCGAGACAUCAAAGACGAGAACAUCCUUAUUGAUCUCCGGACAGGAGAGAUGAAGCUGAUCGAUUUCGGAUCGGGGGCGUGGCUCAAAGACACCGUUUACACAGAUUUUGACGGCACGCGGGUCUACAGCCCACCAGAAUGGAUCCGGUUCCACCGGUACCACGGACGCUCGGCAACGGUGUGGUCGCUAGGCGUGCUGCUGUAUGACAUGGUGUGUGGGGACAUCCCCUUCGAGCAGGACGAGGAGAUCCUGAGAGGACAGCUGGUCUUCAGACGGAGGGUCUCAACAGAAUGCCAGCAGCUGAUUGGAGCGUGUCUCUCCCUCCGUCCGGCCGAUAGGCCCUCCUUCGAUGACAUCAUCAACCACCCCUGGAUGCAGAGCGCUACCAUGACAACGCUGCCCGUCUCCGACGACACAGAGAUAAGGCUGCAUAGCAUCACCAUGGAGACCGCCUCCACCCUCACCCCCUCCCUGACCCAGUAAAGCCUGGCCUAGGUUAGACUGACCUGGGUUACUCUGGCCUGGGUGGGAAUGAUUUGGCCUGAGUUAGAUUCAGGCAGAGGACAGGACUAAAGCAGGCUCCAGUAAACACUGAACUCAACUACAUGGACUAACAGGAGGCAGGUAGCUUUUAGUUUUUCAGAAUCUUGUUCCGUUAGAAGAUCCUCCUGGGCUUCUGCUCCACAGCGCCCCCAUGGGUUGGGCUGACUCAACAACCUGUCCGUCACACUCCUCGAGGUCUUGCUGCUGGCUUGUUGAUUGGCUGUUAGGCAAAAGAGGAGCCAAUCAAAGUGCCUUCUGUGUUUGUCUGAUUGCUGGAAAUACUUGAAGUCUAACAAGAUGGGGUUUUCUUAUUUGUAUUUUUUUAUGUCUUCUACAUCCUGUUCACACAACUCUUUCCUGUCUGUCUCCACUGGGCCUAGAUCAACAGAACCUGUGCUGUUGCCUUAGCAACAGACCCACCUCAGUCACAACUUGGCACACCCUCUCUCUGGGUGACUGUACCUCACUGUCGCACACACACACACACACACACACCCUCUCUCUGGGUGACCGUACCUCACUGUGACACACACUCAUACACCUGCGACUGCUUUUCUGUCCUACUGUGAUCCUGAAAGCACACUUCAAUGCAACCCUCGGUGGACUGUCUGUGCUCUGCUCUUCCUGGCUCCGCAUGUCACAACUGUAAAUAAUAUAUUUAUUUGUUUCGAGGGGGGAAAUGUCCUUGCUCGCCCUAUGAGCUUUGUGGAAUUAUUUAUUUUUAUUUAUAAAAUAAUUUGGGCUGUAUGUUUAUUUCCACAGCUGUUAAAGCCCCACGUUUUUGAAACAUGUUGACCGUAUGAGAGUGGAAAACCUGAAGAGCAGGUUGGCAUGUUGUUUUUUUUGUUUAUGUAAAUAUGUAAAUAUCUAUCAAAGCACUUCCAUUUUAAUGUAUGUACAAAUCUACUGAUGGGAAAUGGGUGAAUUGAGCAAAUAUGACUGCUGGGGAUUGGAAUUAAAUGAAAAAUGUUGACUAGA